AUGCAAAAUAUUGUUUUGUAUCAGUUGCUUCUCGUUCGAACAACACAGACCAAGAUGUUCAAAUUGGUGGUGUUGUGUGCUUUCCUCGCCGCGGUUGUGGCUGAGCCCAGUGCUACUUUCGUCGCGCCUUUGGCAUACUCGGCCAACUUCAUUGCACCAGCUACUACUACUAUCACCAACCAGGCCAGCAGUGUCGUCCAUCCCUUACCAAACCAGAUUUACUCCCGAUUCUAUCAGAUACCUUACUCCCCAGUGGCUCAUUUCAUCAAGAAACGAUCACCAGGAUUCCUAAACACAUUCAUCGCACCAUCUUCAUAUAUUGCCCAUACACCAUUGGCAACUACCUACGCUGCUGCUCCCCUGGCCACUACUUAUGCUGGAGCUCAUUUGGCGGCAACCUACUCUGCGCCAAUCUACACUACAGCCGCGCACUUAAUAAAGAAGAGAUCUGCUCCAUUGAUUGUACCUAGCACAUACAUUGCGCCAUCUUACUCUACUCCUUUGGUGACAUCAACAUACACAGCCGCUGCACCUAUUCUGUCGACGCCAUACUUCGCAAGCGCGCCUUUUGCCUACACGCACUUAAUCAAGAAACGUUCAGCACCAUUGUUAUUGACAAGCUACGCGGCACCAGCGGCCUAUUCCCACCAGUCCAGAAUAGACGUCAAGAGCUCUCCUGCUGCGAUUACAUCUUUUGCCUAUUCUGCUCCACUAUCAUACGCUAGCCCAAUUGCCAUUUCACAUGUCUUG